AUGUGCUUCACGAAGGCUUACAGGAAAUUUCACAACGGCACCGGUAGCGUCCUGCUGAAAUCAGAAACGCCCAGAAAACCUGACGCCUGGGAUGAUAUGAAUCGGCCGCAUUUCCACGACCUCAAGAGUAUGACCGCUCUGGCUGGUCAGCUGCGACACGAGGAGUCGAUUGAGCCUAAGGAGAAGCGGGUUAAGACUGGCACCUACGAGACGACAGCACUUUGCACUGACGUGGAAGAGUUGGAGAUUCCGGAGAGGGCUCUGGUGGGCAUGUUGGGGAACUCACUUAAUCCCGAGGUAGUUAGCCGGAUCAUCGAUGUCUGUGAAAUUGGUGAUUUCCUGGCGCGCGAAAAAGAUUGA